UCUCCGAGCUGAACAUAGAGAAUCUAGUUUCGCAAGGUCAGAAGAAGCUCGGAACGCACGUUGUAUCGGGCGUUACUUUGGGGUUGAAUAUUUGAACUUGAACUUGGAAGUGAUUUCAUAAAUUUUGGCAACCAAAACGCCGGGUGCCGUAGCUCUUCUCAGUCACUUUAUGUUUUCCUGCUUUACUUCUACUUAAACUUGGGUGUCAUUUAGCCAGAUUGGCUAGUUGUGACCAGUUGAUAGUCAGCUCCACAAUGGGGUUUCUAUGCCGAGCAGCUUUAGCCAUAUUUGUAGUGUUUGUUGCAUUCUCAGUUUACAAGCUGAGAGAAUUUAGCAAACCAAUAGAGGCUCCUAAAUUAGAUUUGGAUGAAUACUGGGGACCAGGUAACAAGGCAGACUACAAGGAAAAUACUGAAGUGGUGGGAAAUAGAAUCUUCUUUCCAGAAGAGGUUAUCGAAAAUUUAAAAAAAGAUCUGAAUAGAACAUUCGAAUUCCAAGCUCCACUUGAAGGUAUUGGGUUUGAAUAUGGAUUCAACACAGUCUACUUGCAGAAGGUCAUUAAGUAUUGGCGGGACGAGUACCUACCUAAAUGGAGAGCACGUGAACUUUUUUUGUGGAAAUGGCCACAUUUUACGACUGAUAUACAAGGGCUGCGGAUUCAUUACAUACACACCCGAUAUGAUGAUCCACCGAAAGGGAAGAAAGUUUUCCCACUUCUACUCCUCCAUGGUUGGCCUGGUUCCAUACGAGAAUUUUACGAUAUGAUACCUCUACUAGUUGACAACGCCGACAGCAAAUAUGCAUUUGAAAUUGUCGUCCCUAGUUUACCUGGAUAUGGUUGGUCACAGGGUUCAGCUAAGCCAGGUCUUGGCACAGCUGAAGUCGCUGUGAUAUUCCGCAAUCUAAUGUUCCGUCUGGGCUACAAGAAAUUCUUCAUUCAAGGAGGUGACUGGGGAUCAUUGAUUGGCGCAAAUAUCGCUACACUGUUUCCAGAUGCGGUUUUAGGAUAUCAUUCAAACAUGUGUGGUGGUAAUGCAUUCACCGCAAUGAUAAAAAAUACGAUUGCUAGCUAUUAUCCAAAACUUUUUGUUCCGGAGAGAUAUGAAGAUUUCUUCUUCCCAUAUUCGGAAAAGUUCAAGUUUCUACUUGAGGAAACCGGGUAUAUGCACAUUCAAGCCACAAAACCAGAUACAAUUGGAGCAGUACUAACGAAUAAUCCUGUUGGUUUGGCUGCCUAUAUUUUAGAGAAAUUUUCAACUUGGACAAACAAAGACUACAGAAAGCUAAGUGAUGGAGGUUUGGAGAAGAAGUUCACUUUGGAAGCUCUGUUGGAUAAUAUCAUGAUCUAUUACUUGACUAAUUCAAUUACAACAUCUCAACGUCUUUAUGCAGAAAGUUUAACCUUGCGUGAACUUGCACUUCAACUGGACCGUGUUCAAACUAACGUACCAACAGGAUGCGCCCGUUUCAAACAUGAUUUAUCUCAUGAAUUGGACUGGAGUCUAAAGGACAAGUUCACGAAUCUUAUCCAUAGUACAUAUCAUAAAGAUGGCGGUCACUUUGCUGCGUUUGAAUUGCCUGAAGUUUUGUAUAAAGAUUUCAUUGAAUUUGUUGAAAAAGUUGUUAAAUUGGAUAGCUUGUAAGUUUAUGAUUAUGCUUUUACAUUAAUAAAUAAAUUUUUUAUUCUGUAA